GAUCUUUAAGGUCCCUUCCAAUUUUAUGCUUCAAUAAAAUAAAUAAAAUUAUUAAAUAAAAUCCUGUGAUUUAUGGUUUCAAUACAGGAUGGGAGGUGAUGUGAUUGAAAGCAGCCCUGCAGAGAAGGACUUGGGGUGCUGAUCAAUGAGAAGCUCGACAUGACCUGGUGCUUGCAGCCCAGAAAACCAACCAUAUCCUGGGCUGCAUCAAAAGAAACAUGGCCAGCAGGUCGAGGGAGAGGAUUCUGCCCCUCUAUUCCUCUCGUGUGACAUCUCAUUUGGAGAAUUGUGUCCAGUUCUGGAAUCCUCAACAUAAGGAGGAUAUGGAGCUGUUGGAACGGGUCCAGAGAAGGGCUACAAAGACGAUCAGAGUGCUGGAGCAUCUCCCAUAUAAGGACAGGCUGAGAGAGUUGGGGUUGGUCAGUCUGACAAGGUUCCAAGGAGACGUCAUAUAGAUCUUCCAAUAGCUGAAGGGGCUACAGGAAAGCUGGAGAGGGACUGUUUACGAGGGCGUGGAGUGGUAGGAUAUGGGGGAAUGGGUACAAAUUGGAGAGGGGCAGAUUUAGACUAAACAUAAGGAGGAAUUUCUGUACUAUGAGAGUGGUGAGGCACUGGCAGAAGUUGCCCGGGGAAGUUGUGGCUGCCCCACCCCUGGAUGGCGGGGCGCCAGCAGGGUGAGGGCUCUCUGGCGAUCUGGGGGUCCCCACUGUCUCCUCCGCUCCCCUCUCCCCCCCGAGGGCGGGGCCGGCCCCGCGUGACGCGUUUCAAACGGCCCAACCGGCGGCGCGGGGGGGGCGGUACGAGGCCCCCGCCCGGCGCUUUAAACCGCCAUUUUGUGACGGGCGGCGGCGAAUCGAUCGUCGCUGCCGAGGCGGCGAGGCCGUCCGCUGCUGUCUCUGCCUCCAUGACCCGCAGUCGGAAGCGGGCGGCGCCGGAGAGCGGGGCCGCGAGCAUGGACCGAGAGGCGGGCGGCGCCGCGGGGGCAGCCGGCCAGGCGGAGAAAGUUGUGUACUCGCGCUCGCAGGUCUCUUUCGCCGGCACCAAAGCGCUGGGCGACGCCCUCAAGCUCUUCAUGCCCAAAUCCACCGAGUUCAUGAGCUCCGACUCGGAGCUGUGGAACUUCCUCUGCAGCCUCAAGCACCAGUUCUCCCCGGUCAUCCUCCGCUCCAAGGACGUCUACGGAUACGCCUCGUGCCGCGCCGUCGUGCCCGACCCGCCCGAGCGGCCCCGGCGCCGCGCCGCGCGCCCCCCGCCCCCCUCCGGGCCCGCGCCGGGCGGGCGGCGGAGGCGGCGGCGGCGACGGCGGCGCUGGAAGGGGCGGGGGGGCCGGCGGGCGGCAGCGGGCGGCGGCGGGGCCGGCAUUAGCGGCGAUCGCGGCGGUGCGGGAGCCGCCUGGGAGGCGCUGGGCGGCGGAAGGUCGCUGGAGGAGAUCUGGAAGGCGGCGACGCCGCGGCUCACCACCUUCCCCACCGUGCGGGUGCGCGGCAGCGUGUGGAGCCGGCGAAGCCUCGCGGCGGCGCGGCGGCGGGCGCAGCGGAUCCUCGGCGUGGACCUGAGCCCCGUGGUGCGGCUGCGGCGCUUCCCCGUGGCGCCGUCCUGAGCCCGCGGCGCGAACAAAGAGACCGAUAUCAGUCACCUGUUUACAUUGCUUUUUUUUUUUCUGUUUUUUUUUCUUUUUUUUUUUUUUAAAUGUCUGGAUCGUGUUCUGCUGCUGCACUUUAUGGCUCGCACCGGCCCCGA